GCUCGGCCGGUCGGUGCUGUCGGAGCUGGCUGGUGCUCAGGGUGUGGGAGGUUUAGUGGUGCUCAGAUUAGUUAGUGGUGAACUGGUGAGGUCAGGUGGGACCUGGUGACGCGCUCGUUGGUGCCCUGACCGCACUUCGGAGACGGUGACCUGGUGGUCAAGUGACCUGGUGCAAGGUGUCGGUGAUUUCCGUUGACUGCCCUAGCCUGCUGCUGAGUACCAGCGAUAGUGGUCUGUGAUAUUCAGUGAGGUCCAGCUCAGAUAACUCGCCGUUCCCUGUGCUGCCGGAGACUGUAUUCAGUAAGCCGGACCGGACCGCAGCGAUUGCUCCUGCCUCUCGCCGUUGAAUCUGGCUGCUCUCCAGGCACCCAGGAGAUCAGAAGGACCAGCCAGCCGCCUGUGUAACCACCUGCUCCCUGCCUGACUCGCUGCCGACCGUCAGUGGCAGCGGCAUUGUCAGGAUUACCGGGUGACUCUGAGGCUGAAUGAAGAGGCCUCGAUGAACCACCGCGAGGGCGGCAGCGAGGCGGGCGGCGGCGCCGAUCGGCCGGCCGCCGCCGCCGCCGGCUCGCCAGACACAGAGCGGCCCACGCUCAAAGUUCACCUGCCCAACAGCUUUCAUAUGGUCAAGUACUCAGAGAGCACAGAUGUCAAGUAUGUGCUAGACCUGCUGGUGACCCGGUUAGCGCCGGAGCCGCGCGCCUACGAGGGCCUGUUCGCGCUCCGGAUGGUCAACUCAGUAACCGGCGAUGUGUGCUGGCUCCAUCAGAACACGCCCAUGUUCGAGGUACUGGAGAAGCAGGAGGGCGGCGCCGACCGGUGGCGGUUCGAACUGCGGGUCCGGUACCUGCCCACCGACCUGCACCAGCUGUACGACAAGGACAGAGUCACCUUCCAUUUCUACUAUGAACAGGUCCGGGACGACUACCUGAGCCAGGAGCAGUGUCCGGUCGACCAGGAGAUGGCCGUCCAGCUGGCCUGUCUCGACAUCCGGCGCUUCUUCAAGGACCUGCCGCCGAACGCGCUGGACAAACGCUCCAACAUGGACUACCUCGAGGCCACGGUGGGCUGGGCCAAGUUCCUACCGCGCGCCGUCAUCACGGCCACCAAGGCCAAGGCGCUGCGGAAGGCCGUGCAGCACCAGUUCAAGCGCUGCAGCCACAUGAGCGAACCCGAGUGCAUGUUCAAGUACCUGGAGCUGCUGAAGACGGUGGUGCGCUUCGACCAGGAGCGCUUCACCUGCGCACUAGGGGCAUGGUCGAUACGUGUGCAGCUGAUCAUCGGUCCGGACUCUGGGAUCUCAUACACCACAGACAAGGAGGACUCGGCCACCCAUCUGAGCAGUUUCGACCAGGUGCAGAGUAUCCAGACGCUGCUCUCUCCGUGUGAGAACUCUGCUCGGCGGGCGGCCGUGCAGCUGCGGGUGGCGGGCCGGCCGGAGCCGCUCAUCCUGACCUGUGGCUCACUGAGGGAGGCCGACAACCUGGCAGACCUGGUGGACGGCUACUGCAGACUGGUCAACAACGCCUCCAGCAGCCUGUGGACCAGGAAAGCGGGCCGCUCGCGGUCGGGGGAGCGGCGCUCGCCCUCUGCCCGGCGCUCCGGACGCUCCGCCUUCUCGGACGACUACGCCGAGAUUGUGGAGGACGAGGGAGACUACAGCACGCUGGCGGCCAGGGACUACGAGCUGCCGCGGGAUUCGGUUCAUCUGGUGGAGAUUAUCGGCGAGGGCCAGUUCGGUGACGUGCACCGCGGCACCUAUCGGUCUCCGUCCGGACAACUGACGCCCGUGGCCGUCAAAACGUGCAAAGCCGACAACGAGACGUCCAUGGCGCACAAGUUCCUAGAGGAGGCCCACACAAUGCAGCAGUUUGACCACCCGCACAUCAUCCGUCUGGUGGGCACGUGCAGUACCUCGCCCGUGUGGAUUGUCAUGGAGCUGGCGCGGCACGGCGAGAUGCGAGCUUACCUGCGGAAUAGUCAGCACCGACUGCGAUCAGAUACACUGGUGCUGUACGCGUAUCAGCUCAGUCAGGCGCUCUCAUAUCUGGAGAGCAAGAAGUUUGUGCAUAGGGAUAUCGCCGCGCGGAACGCCCUCGUCUACAGCCACGACAACGUCAAGCUGGCCGACUUCGGCCUCAGUCGGUGGGUGGAGGAGCAGGACUACUACAAGGCCUCCAAGUGCAAGCUGCCCAUCAAGUGGAUGGCGCCAGAGUCCAUCAACUUCAGACGAUUCACCACCGCCAGCGACGUCUGGAUGUUCGGUGUGUGUAUGUGGGAGAUCCUCACGCUCGGCGUCCAGAAGCCGUUCCAGGGUGUGCCCAACAGUGAGGUGGUGGGUAAAAUCGAGGCGGGCGAGCGGCUGCCGCUGCCGCCGCGCUGCCCGCCGCGCGUCUACUCGCUGAUGCUCGCCUGCUGGCACUACGAACCCAGCAAGAGGCCCACCUUCGCCGAUCUCAAACAAGACCUGCAGGAGGCUCUGUUUCAAGAGCGCGCUACGCAAGAGGAGACGAUGAGGAGAGAAAACCGGAGAGUGCAGGCCAUGUCCUGGGGUUCCAACGACUCGGACGAGCGGCCGCCGCCGAAGCCGCCGCGCCUGCCGGCCGGGGACCGCUGCUCUCCGCCGCCGCCCGCGCCGCCCGCGCCCCUCCAGACCUACAUCGUGGCGCAGAGUCCCGAGGUGCUGGCGCGGCUGAUGCGAGACAACGCCGGACGCGCGCAGGCGGGCAGCUACACGACACCGGCGUCGGCUCUGAACACGGUCAGCGUGGAACUGGGCACUCUGGAGGGCGCGGGACCGACAGGACACGCGUCAGGGCGCGACCGGCGGCUGGGCGGCUCUCUGGCGCGCCGCCCGGCCGCCGCCGCUGCCCCCAGCGCGGCCGCCGCGGCCGGUGUGUCAGGAGGGGCCGGCUCGGCGCCCGGCAGUCACUCCCUGCCUCGUAACUUCGCGGCGGCGUGCUCCCGGUCACCGCGGCUCGGCGGUCGCCGUCAGAAGCCGCCGCUGCCUCCUGAGGAGCAGAAGCGUCGCCUGGAGCUGGAGGAGCAGGAGCUGCGCGACCGGCUGGAGACUCAGAGACGACAGAUGGCAGAGGACGGCGUCUGGCUCAACUCGGAGAACGAGCUGCGCAAGCGCCUGUCGCUGGCCACCUCGUCUGACCGCUCGGACACCGAAUCGGUGGACGGCGGCGCUCGCGCCACAUCACCCUUCCACUCGACCGCCGAGCCGGCCGGAGCCAACGGAUCCCGCGCCGCAUCCCGGGCCGGAUCCGCGCACGGCUCCGGACCCGGAUCGGCAGCCGGGUCCGGGGCAGGGUCCGCGCCCGGGUCCGGGGCCAGCAGUACGGAGAGACCCAUCGUCGUCAAGCGUAUGGAGGUGACUCCGACCGCCGAGCUGGACCGCUCCAAGGACCGAGUGUACGACUGUACCACCAGUGUGGUACGAUCCGUGAUGGGCCUGUCGCGAGGCGUGCAGGCCGGCCACGCCCAGCGCUACCUGGACCUGGUCAAGGCUGUGGGGUACGAGCUGCGCGAGCUGCUGUCGGCUGUAGAUAGGGAGGUGGUCGCCUUCCCGGCGGCGGCGCAUCGAGAGAUUGAGAUGGCUCACAAGGUGCUGGGGAAAGAUAUGCAGGAGCUGGUGGCGGCCAUGAAGCAGGCUCAGCGCUACAGUACCACCACACUGGACGACGAGUACAGAAAGCAGAUGCUGCAGGCGGCUCACGUGCUGGCCGUCGACGCCAAGAACCUGCUGGACGUGGUGGACGGGGUGCGGAUCAGGUGCGGCGGCGGUACCACCAGCGGUACCGGUACCGGUACCGGGGGCGGCGGACACCAGCCGGUCCGGGCGGGCAGCUGAGUCCGCCGCCCCCGCUCGGCGGCGGCAGCGCCUCUAGUCAGCGGCCCCGGCCGCCACAUUCCCUGCCGCCGCCCCCGUCCCCCGUCCCCGCAGUCAGCCCCUCCCCCGUGUCAGAUCAUUCCAUAACGCGCCGACCCGCCCGCGAGGCCUCAUACUGUGGCGGGCGGCUCCCGUGUACCGCGAGCUACUGUUAUAUCUGUGGUGAAUAUAUGGAUCAUGCGUUAACAAA